AAAACCACAACUUUACUUCAAAUUCACACUUUCUUCUUGGAUCUUUAAACCCACACACACACACACACCCCGUGAUCUUCAUCUUCCCCCAUUUUCUCACACACAUGAACAACACCCUUCUCCAAAAUCUUGAAAAAUCUCAACAAUGUCAGUAACCCUUCAACCAUCUCUCAUUACAAUCAAUUAUUAUCGACCAAUAACCAAAAAAACAUCAUCUUUCACAUCACCCAGAUCAUCUUUACCGCCAGAUCAUUCAUCUUUUACCCCCCUUCGAAAGAAUGCCACUAAUAAUGGCGCCAAAUCCUCAAUACAAGCUUCAAGAACCACAAUUUCAUCUGUAACAGUCGAAAAAGAUGUAUCCGAAGGUACUGUAUUCGUGAUUAGAACUCAAGACAAAAUGGGUAUUAUCCUUGAUGUGAUCACUAGGGUUUUAAAAGGGUUUAAAGUUGAAAACUUUAAUGUACAAUUUGAGGAAAAAGAAGAUUGUUUUGUUGUGAAGUUUGUUGUAACUGAUUUGGGUGGGAAAAAGAUUGAGGAUGAAGAGAGUUUGAUUAAGAUUGAGAGUGCAUUAAAGGAGGUUGUUAAUGAAGGUGUUGUGUUGAGGAAAGUUGGGUUUGUGGGUAAAAGUAAAACGGGUCCGGGUCGGAUGUUUGAAUUGAUGGAUGGGUUUUUGAAGAAUGAUCCGGGUAGUCUGCAGAAGGAUAUUCUUCAUCAUGUUGAGUAUACAGUUGCAAGAUCAAGAUUCAGUUUUGAUGAUUUUGAAGCUUAUCAGGCAUUGGCACAUAGUGUGAGGGACCGGUUGAUUGAACGUUGGCAUGACACUCAACAGCAUUUUAAAAAGAAGGAUCCGAAACGUUUAUACUUUCUCUCGCUUGAAUUUUUAAUGGGUCGUUCGUUGUCAAAUAGUGUUAUAAAUUUAGGCAUACGGGAUCAAUGCGCUGAAGCAUUAAGUCAACUUGGAUUUGAGUAUGAAGUUUUGGCAGAGCAGGAAGGAGAUGCAGCGCUCGGGAAUGGUGGUUUAGCCCGUCUUUCUGCUUGCCAAAUGGAUUCUUUAGCGACAUUAGAUUAUCCGGCAUGGGGAUACGGAUUACGAUACCAGUAUGGGCUAUUUAGGCAGAUAAUAUUGGAUGGUUUCCAGUAUGAACAACCCGAUUAUUGGUUGAACUUCGGAAAUCCUUGGGAAAUAGAGCGGGUCCAUGUAUCAUAUCCUGUGAAGUUUUAUGGAAGUGUGACAGAGGAAGUUGUGAAUGGAAAGAAAUGUAAUGUUUGGACUCCUGGAGAAACAGUUGAAGCGGUUGCUUAUGACAAUCCUAUACCUGGUUAUGGAACAAGAAACACAAUUAAUCUACGUUUAUGGGCUGCUAAACCGAGCGAUGGAUAUGACAUAGAGUCAUACAAUACCGGAGAUUAUAUUAACGCUAUUGUAAACAGACAAAAAGCAGAAAUAAUAAGCAAUGUCUUAUACCCUGAUGACCGUUCUUAUCAGGGAAAGGAAUUACGGCUUAAACAGCAAUAUUUCUUUGUCUCGGCGUCAUUGCAAGAUAUUAUUCGGAGGUUCAAAGAUGUGCAUGGAAACUUUGAUGACUUCCCAGAUAAGGUUGCUUUGCAAUUAAACGAUACCCAUCCAUCAAUUUCAAUAGCCGAACUCAUGCGAGUGCUUCUCGAUGAAGAACAUUUGGGUUGGAAAAAAUCAUGGAAUAUCGUAAAACAAGUUUUUUCUUUUACUACACAUACAGUGCUACCCCAAGCGUUGGAAAAAGUUCCGGUAGACCUAUUUCAGAAUGUUUUACCCCGUCAUUUACAAAUUAUAUAUGACAUAAACUUUGCGUUUAUGGAGGAGUUGAAAAAGAAGAUAGGACAAGAUUAUUCCCGUUUGUCUCGAAUGUCGAUUGUUGAGGAAGGUGCUGUAAAGAAUAUUCGAGUGGCGAACCUUUCCAUUGUUUGUUCUCACACAGUUAACGGAGUCUCUAGAGCUCAUUACGAAUUGCUAAAAACACGAGUAUUCAAGGAUUUUUACGAGCUAUGGCCCGAAAAAUUUCAAUACAAAACAAAUGGAGUAACUCAGCGUCGUUGGAUUGUAGUAAGCAAUCCCUCUCUAUGCGCUCUAAUCUCAAAAUGGCUCGGAACAGAAUCUUGGAUCCGCGAUAUUGACCUCUUAGCCCAUCUCAGAGAAUACGCAUCAAAUUCUGACCUACAACAAGAAUGGAUGACGGUGAAGAAGAUCAAUAAAAUGAGGCUUGCUGAAUACAUUGAAACGAUGAGUGGAGUGAAGGUUAGCUUGGAUGCAAUGUUCGAUGUGCAGGUAAAAAGAAUUCACGAAUAUAAAAGACAACUGUUGAAUAUACUAGGCGUAAUUCAUCGAUAUGAUUGCAUAAAGAAUAUGGGGAAAGAUGAGAGGAAAAAGGUUGUUCCGCGCGUGUGCAUAAUCGGUGGUAAAGCUCCUCCCGGUUAUGAAAUUGCAAAAAAGAUCAUCAAGCUUUGUCACGCUGUUGCGGAAACAAUUAAUAAUGAUGAUGAUGUCGGUGACCUUCUUAAACUGGUUUUCAUUCCCGAUUACAACGUUUCCGUUGCCGAAUUAGUUAUUCCCGGAAGUGACCUUUCACAACACAUUAGCACUGCAGGACACGAGGCAUCGGGGACUGGAAGCAUGAAGUUUCUUAUGAAUGGAUGUUUGUUGCUUGCGACGGCUGAUGGAUCUACAAAUGAAAUUAUUGAAGAAAUAGGUUUAGAAAACAUGUUCAUAUUUGGGGCAAAGAUCAAUGAAGUUCCGGCAUUGCGUGAAAAAGAUUCCACCAUUAAAGCACCCCUUCAGUUUGUUCGUGUAGUAAGGAUGGUGAGGGAUGGAUAUUUUGGUUUCAAAGACUACUUCAAGUCGUUGUGCGAUAGUGUUGAAAACGGCAAAGAUUUCUAUCUCUUGGGGUCUGAUUUUGCUAGCUAUCUAGAAGCCCAGGCUGCUGCAGAUAGAGCAUAUGUCGAUAAGACGAAAUGGAGCGAAAUGAGCAUACUUUGUACUGCUGCCUCUGCAAAAUUUAGCAGUGAUCGAACAAUUGAAGAUUAUGCGGAGGAAACAUGGGGAGUCCAGCCCUGUAAAUGUCCCUUUUAACUGUUUUCUUCUGUGCUCUAAUUGCAAUUCAAAUGUUUAAUAAACUAGUUUUGAUUUAUGUAUAAUUGGUAAUAUAGAGAUUCUCAUUUCAACUGUGUAA